CCGCAAACACAUAACUUCUUGGUCUGAGAAGCUUCUCAAACCUUACUGUUGCUCGCGAAAGCGCUAGCUGCGAAAUCACCUUUUGUCUCAAUUAACAAUUUCUUCCCAUUUGCGAUAGUUGCAAUGUCAGAUGAACCUCUCGAAGACACGCUAUGGGUAUUUCCACCAGAAUACUAUCCUUGGCUAGACGGCAUAAACCACGAGCAGCACUUCCCCACGCCCGGAAUUAAUGCAGAAAAUGUCCACUUAGUUUUCAAUCUAUCGCCGUUCUGCACCUCAGAGAGUGCGAACAAGCGCUUCGAGAUGCUUGUUAACCGAAAACCGGAGCUACUUCCUCGCUACUUCAACAGAGAGGCGUUUGAGCAAGAGAUUGCGGAGUUUCCGGGAGACAGUUUUGUAAUUGUGGCAGGUCCACGUAAGACGCCGAAAAAUGGAGAGGAGCCAAAUCUGCUGUGGGUUGUUGAGAGGCGAUAUACAGUGUUAGAUCGGGGGGCUAUCGAAGAGAGUGAGAAGAAAGUCGUGGAAGUUCGGGGCCAUUAUGUUAUUGUGGCUGACAGAAUUUUUGCUGCGCCAACCCUUAUGGAUAUCGUACAGUCACGAUGGACGGCAUCUAUGCUACACCUUUCCACUUUCUACCGAACAGCGUCCUCCCUGCCAAUAUACUCUAUUGAGAAAGGGUACUCCUACCUCGCCGCCGAUCAGAUGAAGAAGCCUGGUAAAGGCGGUAGUUUCGCAACGAGUGCUCUGGGCUCUGCACGCACAAGCCGCGCCGCCUCGCCUGUUGCUGGUGACGACACGUCGAGUCUCCCUAACACUCAUCAUCAGACACAUAGAGAACUUAACGAUGAUGCCCAGAUCGCGCACUCGUUCAAUCUCACGCUGUCUUACUCAGACGAAUUUAUGGAUGAAAAUCCGCUAGUCGGUGAGCCAGGCUCUUUCAAACUCACCGCAACUGGUAGGAGUAUCCGCGAGAGGGAGGCCAAGGAACGGGCUGCCGAGGAAGCUAGAGAAAAAGCCAGGAGUGAGUUCACAAACAAGAGUGAAAUUGGUGACAGCCAAAGAAUUAGCGUGGCACCCAGUUCACCCUCUGCGCUUGGGGCUAAGACGAAUCAUCUUGAAAGGAAGGGGACUGGACUUAACAGCGUGGUUGGUAAAGGGAAAAGUCCAACCAGUACCACGGGGGAGGGGCUGAAAAAAAGAAGAAAGAGCAAGGCCCCUAUCACACCAGGGACUAUGAAGUCGCCUUGAUCUGAAGCAAAUAAAUCAUUGGAUUUGGCUUCGACCUCGGAAAACCUUCGAAUUAUAUGCAUAUGAUACCCCAUUAUUUCUAGAAGACAGACUCAAUAGGAUCUUUUAUUUGUAGCCACCAGCGUCCUCGUCUGAGCAGUCCGAUCAAAGGCUCG